CUCUCAGAGCUCAGUUUGGUUGGUUCAUUCCACCUUACUUUCCCCCUUUGAGUUGACGCCCGUCCUCUUCUUUGGAUACAGUUUCCAAGUUCGCACGUACACGUCGUGCCCGUGUCGACUGGGAUGACUGUCGUCCUUCCAUCCAGCCUUGAUAUCAACACCAACUGAACCCACUUCCAAAACUAACCAACCCCUCUUCCCUCAGGCCUACCUACACUCUAUCAGACCAUCAUACAGUACAUAUGCAGACCCCUGUCGUAUGAAUGGCAGCGAAUUUGGCCAUAAGAGCGAGUCAACCUUAUUACCACUUGGGUGACAUCGAAGUAUUGACGUAUUCCAUCAUCCUGUCCGUUGUGUGUGCGUACGCUGUCCAUGAAGAUCAUGGCAUCUUGAUCGAGCUCCUGAGCAAUCAUGGUUCAUAAACCCAUCGUGAAAUCCAGCUGAAUCAGAUAACUAACAUUUGAUCGAUAGGAUCGUUGGCGGGCAAGAUGCCUGUGCGUCUCGAGAGCGAGGCCAAGCGGUCUUUGCGGCCGGUGGGAAUGCGGGCAGGAUCUGCACCUAACCUUGCCGGAGGAUUGCCGGGUUCCUCCUCUUCUGGAGGACCGGCUUUGGGCGGUGUACCGGGUUUUGCCUCGCCCCACGGAUCGGCUCUGUCUAGUGGAAUGGCCGGUGUGAUAGGACGGGGACCGGGGGGAGGUUUGGGCCCGCCUGAUGUUUACCCACAAGAUCCCAAUCAGAAAGAGGACGAAUUGACAGCCGUGCAUGUGAAGCAAGGCUUUACCCAAGGUUAUGCCACCUUGGUGAGCGAGGAGUAUUCGUCGGCCAUUUGCGGCGGGCGCCACAGCAAUUUCUUGCAGGCCAUGUCUUCGACCAAGGUCUUGGCCGAUUUGAAGGCCAUAGCCGCUAAAAAAGAGGAACAGAAUACGUUGAGUGACUCGGGCAAAAAGCGACAGACUUUGAACACCCGGGAUUUUUGGCUCGUAACUCAAAAGAACAAACCGGGUGCGGACAAUUGGUUCAAUGAUUUGCGUGGGGGGAAACCUCUGUCUGCGUUGGCCAAAUGUGUGCCCGUGUUCAAUAAGAAAGAAGAGCUCUUGCCCGCCUUGAUUGAAAAGAAAGUGCCCUUCAAUCGGGCUGUGUGGUUCUUCAAAAUGACUUCGGGCUAUGCCCUGGCCAUGUCCGAGAUUAAUAAACCGAAGAAGCGCCAGCUCAUGGACCCGAGCAUUGAAUGGACCCAAGCCUUGGUCCGGUUCCUAAAAGAGCAACUUGUAGAGAUCUCAACAAUGCUCCAAUCGAGCUCAAGUUCGUCCACUAACAUUGGAAUGGGAAUGGUGGACGAAUUCAAGCCGGAAAAUGCCCAAUGCUACAAGUAUUGGACUUACUUGACCCAAUUGUGCGAGGUCAUGUUUCAUCAGGGUCUCUUAGAUCGACAAGAUUUUUUGACUUGGGUCGUGGAUUGUGUAGAAAAAUGUCGAGGUCCCAAUGAUCCCAUCAUACGAUUGGUCUUGCCCGUUGUGCUUCAGUACACAAAAGAUAUCGUCAAGUCUGAACUGCUAAGUCGUAGGUUGGCAUACCAAUGUGCCAAGAAAAUCACCUACCUUGUCAAUGACACGGAGGCCUUAAACAACUUGUCCACACUCACUGCUCAAGAUAAUGGGGGUGCUCCACCCGUGAUCACAGCCUUCAUGGAAUUGGUCAAUGAUCCAGACACCCGGUUCAUCAUCUUGGGCAUGUCAUCCGUGGUCCAAACGAUUGCUUUAGAAUGCCCUUCCGCUUUAGUUUGGAACUACUUUGGCGAGAACAAAUCGCCCUCGUAUCUCAUGGGUUCUCCUCUCGAUCAUUUACCCAAUUGCACACCCUCAGGCCUACCUAUGAUGCCCCCUGGCUCUGGCACGCAAGCAGCACGGCUACGAAUUAAACAAGCCGAAAUGCUGAUAAGAGAACGAUCUAUCGCAUGUGAAGUUAAGUGGUCCGAAGAUUUUGCCCAGUCGCCCUCUCGAGAUGUGAACGCAAUCCUCUCCAUCCUCGAAGAGCUCGAUAGCUUUGUAUUGUUUGACAAGAUUGAUACGUCCUCCCAUUUCAUCGACGUUCUCUAUAAUCGGAUCUUUCCCACUCACAACGACAAUCCAAUCCCGGACAUGACCAUAGUUCAUUCGCUUUGUCAUUGGGCCGUGACCUCUCAAAGGUCCGGUGAACAUCGCGCCUUCGUCGUGGCAAUGUUGCUGGACAAGCGGCAAGCCUUGUUAUCACCAGACGUAGAAGAUGACCGGGAAGACGAUGAGGAGACCUACUAUUCCUCUGAGCCUCCCGUGUUCCAGGCUCAUCUUUUUCAAUACCUGGAUCAUGACGCUCCCACCAUCACAGAGGAUCGCCAAGAGUUCUCAAACUUAGUACUCUUGUUCUUCGAGCUCAUCUGUCACGAUGUUUUCUCUCACGAUUAUUACCUUUGUCAACUAAUCUCCAGAGGAGACCUCAGCCAGACAACUUCAACGGAGUCAAGGGACGAAAAGAACGAAGAUGGCGAUGGAUCAUUCGAAGACAGUAAGAUCAAUGAUGACCUGGCUAACCUUCUCAAUCAAAUCAAGGAGGGCAAUCAAUUAGAAGGUCCAUACUCCCCGCCGCCCCCGCCGCCCCCUAAAUCUCUAGCCGUGAAAGGUGAUCUAGAUAUCGCACGGCGUUGUCGUCAUUGGCAGUACUGUUACCAUUUUCCACUUCCAAGUAAUGAAUCAUCAGUCCACGAUGCCAAUCAAAGACACGUUUUGCUCUACGGCACUGGGAAGGGCAAGGAUGAGGUUUCCAAGAAUGUGAAACGCCUAUCCAAAGAUAUCACCAAACUUUUCAGCAAGAAGUUCAGUAUUGAUGUGUCAGAGGGUGGAAAAGUGAAGAAGCACACCAAGAACGAAUCGUCGUACAAAGAUGUGGUAACGAGUUUUCAGAGCUUGUCCUACUACGACCAACAUGCGGUCACCCAUCAAUGCGGCCAAACUGUGGUAGAAAUGAUCAUUGCAUUUGCCCACACUCAGGCCAACUACUUACCCGUGACUGAGUAUGUCUCGUUCCUCAUGGACUUGACCGGGUUGGCCCUGAACAUUCAAGAGAUCCUAGAUUGGAGCAUGCAGAUCUUGAAGGAACUCCCAAGUGUUGAGCUGCAACUCCAUGAAAGACGGUCCACUUUGACUCGAAACUACACGUCGUCCUUAGCUUUGUGCUUGGUGGGCGUUUUGCGACGCUAUCAUUCAGUACUAAUGUUGAACCCAAGUGAUGUGGCCUUCAUUUUUGAUCAGCUAUCAAAAAUCGCUCCGUUAAGUAAACUCACAAACGGCGAUGGACCCGGAGACAAGAAGGGAUUUGAUUGCACCUCCGCUGAAUGGUGCAUUUUAGCUUAUAUGUAUGACUUAUCUACAAUCUGUCCAACCCUGAAGUCCAAGGAGAAGAUUCACGAGCUCAAACGACAGUUCUCGCCUCAAACUGACGCUUCUGAGUCGUCCCUGACCCUCACUGACCGUCGUUUUGGAAUCGAUUAUGUCCUGAAUCCUAAGAAACAUGUAGAUCCUCUGACGAUCAAGAACCUCAUCGAGAGUCCUCAGCAUCAGUACAACUUGGUGUGUAAUGUCUUAAUGGAAGUGUGUGAGUGUACGGAUCAAGAAAAACUCAACGAUAUCGCUACAUUGUGUUGUGAAUUCACCUCGCAAUGCUAUUCCCUCUCAUCGGAAUGGUUGGGUGCUUUUGCCGCUCUUUGCAACUCCGGGAACAACACCGGCUAUAUUGAUUUGGUCAAUCAGGUGUAUAAGUCGGAUACGCCCAUCGACAAACAACUGGGCGUGUUUGCAGCUAUCCUCAUUGCACGGCAUUGUUUUCAUCUGCAGGCUUUUGUCAUCAACGUCGCCAUUCCCUCUCUCCUUCAAGCUUGGGAAGAGGUCAAGGAGAAAUCCCUAACCAAAGAGACGGAAAGAGGAGCCAGAUUGAGUUGUCAAUUGCUCUUGAAACUCUUUGAAUCCGUCGAUAUCUAUCAGCCCACCAUUCAUUUCAACUCGAACCAGAGUACCUCUUCAUGCCACUCCAAGCAAGCAGCACAUCCUUCAGGGAUUUACAGUAGCUGCGACCGACAUUUAUUGUCCUCUGCCCAUCGAAACAUGACAGUGGGGGCGAUUAUUGCUGUUCUCAAAGGCAUCCUCGUCCUCGGAGAUGCCGAGGAAGACAAAAGCAGUGACAACAACAAAAAGUACGGUGAUGGGGAUUAUCGUAGUCUGGGACUCUCUGGGAUGCGAGGAAGCCGGAUGGAGAAUGCCAGCUUAUCUCAGUUCGCCAGAUAUACUCUCAAACAGAUCAGCCAACAAGAUUGGGUGCACGAUCGUUGUCGACAGACUCCGGAGCAGACUUUGCUGAAGAAUGGCAUUCUCUUGGAUCCCAUGUUGAGUCCAAAGCAAGCCCAGAAGCUUCUCAGACUGAUCUGUUACCCAGCAGAGUAUCCCAACACGGAGUUGAAUUUGUCAGACCCGCAAGAGCCGAAGAUGAUCGUAUCUAAGAUCUUGCACAACCUCGAUGAGUGGAACCUUCGAAUCUCAGCCAUCGAAAUUCGCCUCAUGUAUCAUCAACUGUCCUCUAAUGGAAAUAAUGCGUCAGAUCUGAACCGAUGGCUCGAAAACUCCGCUAACGCCAUCGUGGAAUCCUUUGAUUUUGGAGCCCAGUCAAAGAAGGACUUGGAUAUGAAACCAACCGAGGGCUCCAAGACCUCUCCUCGCAAAUCUCAUCUUGCUAGUGGCCGGUCAAAAAUUCGAAAGCAUUGCUUUAUUUGGAUGGUCCCCUAUCUAGUGAAGUACCUGAAAUUUUUGCAGAGCCGAGUCCUUAAAGUCAGCACCACAGUUCUGGAGGAGACGAAUUGGUCCCGUGCCACCAAACAUCACUCGAAAGAUAGCAAUGAGGGUACAAGAUUCUGCUACCAGCCUUUUCUUCACCUGGUACUUACUUGCAUUCGAGAGUUGGAUGCCGACAGCAAGGACAAGAAAGACAAAUCUGACAAGGAAGAACAGAAAGAACAUUUGCUUCAUGCUCUUCAUGGACAGCUUUCCACUUACUUGUGUUUCAACAAGAACGAGAAGAUCUAUCAGUAUGACGACCCGAUGUCCAGGAAGACCAUGCUAGACUCCUUACGACUGAGGUUCAGUCUAGUAGGCGGGAUGUUCGACAGCAUUUGUAGGAACGUCAACUUUACUCAAGAAUGGAGUACUCUUCUCGUUCAACUCAUGUCACGAGGUGUGGUGUCAUUGGCAAACAAUUCGGAACUCUUCACAGUGGCUCUGGAUAUGCUGGCCACUCUGAUCCAUUCCACAAUGGUUUAUGACAAGGAUGCCAGCGUAUCUGAGCGAUCAGAUGAAGGCCGGAAACACCAUGCCUAUCAUACGUUGGUGAAGAAACUGAAAAAAGAGAUUGGAGAGAACCAUUGCGCAAGCAUGAAGAUCCUGCGUCAACUUCUUCCUUUCCCGAAAGUGGUUAUAGAAGCCUUGGUUUGCGAGCCAUUUGGCAACGUGACAGAUGGAAAAGGAAAUCGUGUCAAAGGCCUGAAUUGUGACAAAAAACAGGGAAUGCAAGUGGCCGAUAAGCAGAAGAUGAAUCCUUGGGACAUGCUCGAUGGUCACCGGAAUCCUGCACCUCUUUCAUGGGCCUGGUUUGGUGCUCUCAAGCACGAGCGCAAACCAUUGAAAUGCGAAGAGAACUUCUUCGAACUCAAAUUCGCUAAGGACAGUUUCGAGCAUACCAAAACCUAUUACCUUGACCCACCUCCCCUUCCUGAUGAAGAUUUGGAGCCCCCUCCAAAAGAGAACAAGAAUCCAACGGAUAAGGCCAAUAUGCCCGUGCCUAAUAUGGGCCCCGGCCCUCACCCCAAUGGCAUGCGAAUGGGCAAUAUGAUGAAUCGUCCCAUGAUGAACAUGGCCGGAUAUCCGUUCCCUCGAGGCCGAAUGGAUCCCAGUUUUAUGAACCCCGGUGCCAGGAUGAAUAACCCACGCAUGAUGGGACCCACGGGCGGAAUGGUACAUAACCAAAUGAAUCCAGGCAUGAACUAUCAAAACCCCGGCAACAACGCCAUGAUGGGCAACAAUGGCAAUUGGGACACCAUGAACCGUAUGAACACCAAUAACCCUCCAAACAAUUUCAUGCCCAACCAGAACUUCAAUGCUGGGGGGCCAAUGCCGAUGAACAAUCCUGGAGCAGGAGUUGGCGGCGGAGCCGGCAUGGCAGGAGUCAGUCAAGCUGCUCCGGGUGGUGUAGUUGGAGGAGGGGGCGGUAUGAUGAACUCGCACCGAUUCCAAGGGCCUUCCAAUGGGAAUUCAAAGCAAGUUCUUCAGAUGAUGAUCCGCGCCCGCCACAACCCUACCGGUCAUUUUAGCCAGUAUAACAAUCAAGCAGCCCCCACACCGCCUCAACAGCCCAACAUGGGCAACCAGUUCUUCCAACCCCGUCAGGGUGGCUUUUCUAUGCGCGGUUCCAACCCCCGUAUGCAUCAUCAAGGUAACGCCAUGUUCCCGGGACAAGUGAACAAUACGGGCAAUGCGAUGAGCAUGGGCGGGGGGUCGGUGCAUCCUCAACAACCCCCCGCAUAUGGUCAGAAUAAUAUGACGCAGUACAACAAUUUUGGCAAUCAAAUGGGCAACAUGAACAACCAAUUCAUGAUGCGGCAAAGCCAGAACCCGGGUUCCAUGUAUGCCAAUACGUCUGGCAAUAUGAUGGGCCGCAGUGGGAUGAUCAAUCAACCGCAACAGGGCAACGGGUUUUCGGUCAGAGGCCAAUUCAUGCCCAAUCAAGGCAUGGUGGGUGGGAAUGCCUACCGACAAGCCGUUCCCCCCAAUAACCAAGGAAUGGGGAUGCGGAUGCCACAACAGCCUCAACAUGGGAUGCAGAAUCCGCAAAUGAUGGCCCAAAUGCAACGCGGCGGCGGGAAUCAAGCCAACAACCCUCAAAUGAAUUACCAGCAACAAAACCGGUUUCAAUAAAUAAAGAAACACGUUAAAUGUAAUCACAACAAUAUAUUCAAAAGGUCCAUCUCA